AUGGGUGUGAGGUGGGGGGGGGGGGGGGGGGGGGGGGGGGGGGGGGGGGGGGGGGGGGGGGGGGGGGGGGGGGGGGGGGGGGGGGGGGGGGGGGGGGAGUGGGGCGGGGGGGGGGGGGAGGGGGGGGGGGGGGGGGGCGGGGGGGGGGGGGUGGGGGGGGGGGGGGGGGGGGGGGGCGGGGGGGGGGGGGGGGGGGGGGGGGUGGGGGGGGGGGGGGGGGGGGGGGGGGGGGGGGUGGGGGGGGGGGGGGGGGGGGAGGGGGGGGGGGGGGGGUCUUUGAUUAAAUCCUCCCAUUUAGACCACUGCCCUGUAGAGGUACUGUUUUCUGUCCCGAUGGAGAUGUUGUGUGAGUGCGCGGCCCGAAAAAAUGUGCCGAAGCCCCAGGGAGCCGACUGGAGCCAGAGAAGACAUCUACCCAGCCUGGACAGCAGAGAGAAGGGAGAGCCCCAUUCAAGAAUUCCUGCCCGUUCAUUGCUGGGACAGAGUGCAGAGGAGGAGAGAGGGAGGGUGGGUGGAGGACUUGAGCGGUGCAGUUUAGCGUCCCAAUACGAUCAGAGCUGCACAGACCGCAACUCGCAAACUGGAGAGAAUUGA